CAUUCUUAAAAUAUUUUAAAUUUUGCCCUACAAAACUAUUUUAUAUUUCUGCUAAAAUAUAAAGUUUUCUCAUAUUCAAAUUUUAAACCCACUAUUUAUUUAAUCUGUGUCGGGGAAGUAUUACACAAAUGGCGCGUUUAAUUUUUGUUGACAAUAAUACAAAUCGCGGCAGUAAACGUUAUCGGGUUAAGAAAGUUGGUGGUUGGCGCAGUGUACGUUUAUAUUUAGAGCCGUCGUCACGUAAAUGGUGGGAGGAUCCGGAUGUUUUGGUUGCUUUCAAUUUGCCACGCAUAAGUGCUGCCUUGGAACGUCUCAUGGGCACAAAUGUUGUACGUUUAACUGACCGCAAUUAUAUGAAAGAACUUAGGGAGCGCAUCGAAGAUGAUUACAGGGCAAAUUUACAGAAGCGCAUUAAGGCAAGAGAGCUUAAAGAAGUCGAACGUGAACGCAUUUUAAUUAUAGAAGGUAAAACCAAUGUCAUACCGGCAGAACUGGCUGAUGAUCCCAUUUUUGUGGUGGAUAAGAAAGCUGAUUUGGAAAUUUUGAAAUCAAGAGCAAAGCUAAAAACCAAUCGUGAAAAAAAUUCAGAUCGUUUAAAAUUGCAAGGUGUUAAAUGGGAACGAGAACGUUUGCAACAUGAAGAGGAGGAAGCUCAACGUAUAAAUGUCCUACGGCAGAGAUACAAAGAGCAAAAGGCGCUAGAAGAACAAUACAAAGAUGAAGACGCCAACAAGGGUAUGGAUUUGUUAAGAAUUGACAACGAAGAAUGGCGACCUUGUGAACAGCAACUGAAAGAGUUUCUUGAACAGGAGAGGGCUAAGAUGAAAGAACAUUCGUUGCGUAUGCCCACACCAUUCGCUACUGAUCCCAAGGAUAUUAAUAACAUAUUAAAAGCCAGAAAAGCAUUCCGUGAAGUUGAAAGACGUAUACGUAAAGCCAUUGAAGAGAAACACGAAGAGAAUCUAAAACAAAAACAUCUUCCGCAUCAGUUGUCUGGUCAGCAACAACCAACGGGUUUUGGUAUUUUAGGACAAUCUCAAGAGCAAAUUAUACAACAGGCUCUUGAGGAAUUACCAGCAACCAAAGAUCCCUUCGAAACCGAGGAUGUUGAUACUGUUGUAGUACGUAAAAAUUUAACUUCUGACGAUGCAUCCGAUAUAUCAAGCGGCGAAUCAUUGGAGGAAGGCAGUUCCAUUAGUUUGGCUAAACAACGUUAUGCUCAUAUGUUGCAACAGGAAUUGGAAAAUGAUGUUUCCGAAGGUUUACUCAUCUCGAAAGAACAAUACGAUCAUUUGCGCUAUGAAGAUGAUAAAAUAAUGCAGCUGAGAAAUGCAAGAGACAUACGUGAACUAUAUCAACUUGCUGAGGAGAUAAUUAUUGGAGAGCGUGUUGAAAGUUAUGCCGAAGAGGAGGAAGCCCUCGCUGAAGAGGAGGAAGUAGAGAAUGAAGAACCGGAAAUUCCCGAACAAGAAUAAUAUACAAUCAAAAUUUCUUUACAAGUUUUUGUAAUCUCUUUAGUUCCAAAUAACUAUGUCUGUCUAUCACAUUUUAAAUAAAAAAAAAUUA